CGGCUGCCCAGGGGUCUCCCAGAAUGCCUUUGGGCCUCUCUCGGGAGGGCGUGCUCAGCAUCUGUCUUCUGGCAAAAGAAAGUCAGUAUUGACCAGGUAACCGCUCCCCAGAAAGCCAUGACAGAGGCAGGAAAACUGCCCCCACCACUGCCCCCUCGACUGGACUGGUUUGUGCAGACACAGGUGGUUCAGCUCUCCCAAGAAGGGGUCCCUGCAUGGUUCCACGGUGCCAUCUCGAGAGAGGACGCUGAGAAUUUGCUGGAGUUAGAGCCACUGGGAUCCUUUCUCAUUAGAGUGAGUCACAGCCACGUGGGCUACACGCUGUCCUACAAAGCCCAGAGCUGCUGCCGCCACUUCAUGGUGAAGCUUCUGGAUGAUGGGAGCGUCAUGAUCCCUGGGGAAGAGAAGGCCCAUGCCUCGCUGGACGCCCUGGUCACAUUCCACCAGCAGCAGCCUGUGCGGCCCCACAGGGACCUGCUGACCCAGCCCUGUGGGCAGAAGGAUCCAGAGAACUUGGAUUAUGAGGAUCUCUUCCUUUACUCCAAUGCACUGACUGAGGAAGUCACCAGCCCCGCCCAUGUCCCCAGGGAACAUCAGAAUCCUUCCUCCUCCUAUCUCAGGGCUGCACCUGAGAAGACCUCAGCAAGCCCGGUCCUGCUUCACUGGCCAAAGGGAAGGGAGCCACGAGCACAGAUGGACAGAGUCUCCACGGAGGAAGCCACUUCCUCCUGCCCCCCAAAAGCUCCUCUUGAGAAGGUCUGCCGGAAACUCUGGAGGAACCUCAAGACACUCCCUGAGACAGGCAAGAGGGUCCAGCAGCAGCUGACAUCCCACCUGCCAUCUAUGAACUUGUCAUCGCUCUGGAGUGCUGGGCCACCAACAGUGACACACAGCUCAAGGACCACGCCAGGUGACACACACUGGGAAGGUAAUGUUGACACAGACAGCUCAGUGGCCAUGUCCCCUGCAAGCCCCUCACGGCCCCAGGAUCAGAGAGACAGAGCCAACCCAUCCAGGAAGGCCUCAAGAUUGGCCAGCUGGAGCGAGGCGACCCCAAGGGUCAAGGGUUGGCACCAAGCGGUAGUGAGGGCCCUGUCCUCAGAAGUGUCCAGACCAGAGACAAAGGACUUGGCAGAAUCCCAGAAGGACUGGCUCCCUGAGGAGUACCACCCACCACCACCCUUUGCCCCUGGGUACUGUUAAAGAAGAGCUUUGUCCUGGCUCUGGGGGUUGCUCACACUGGACCCCUUGUUAUUUACCCACCAGUCCUCAGGAACUGAGAAAUGUAAUAAAGACAUUGCUUGGGUCUGGUCCUGCA